AGUGGAGGGCCUGGAGGCGGAGGCGGAAGUGGAGGGCCUGGAGGCGGAGGCGGAAGUGGAGGGCCUGGAGGCGGAGGUGGAAGUCGAGGGCCUCGAGGAAGAGGUAGAGGUCCUAGAGGAAGACCUAGAGACGGAGGUGAUUGAAGGCCCUGACAUCGGCCACGAGCACUUGCUGGGGGCCGAGGUGGCCAUCGAGGAGGCUAUGGACUCUCACCAUCACCACCAUGUUCUAACCUCAGACCUCAUUCAGGGCUCCGUCCACCAUCACCACCACCACAUGCCAGACCAGCUCUUUGUGGAGCACCAGGAGGAGGACGGGGUGGAGGGCUUGGACCAGGAGGUGAUGGUUGGGGAGGACGUGGGGCAGGAGGAGACAGUGAUCCAGGCCCACGAGGAGCUGGAGGUGAAGGCUGUCUCUCUGCAGACUGAUGAGGAGGAGGAGGAGAAGAGCACCUCGGAGGACUACCUCAUGAUCUCCUGUGAGUCAACUAACCAACUAGCCCUACAAACUACACUGAACAAAAAUAUAAACGCAACAUGUAAAGUGUCGUUCCCAUGUUUCAUGAGCUGAAAUAAAAGAUCCCAGAAAUGUUCAGUACUCACAUAAAGCAUAUUUCUCUCAAAUGUUGUACACAAAUUUGUUUACAUCCCUGUUAGUGAGCAUUUCACCUUUCCUAAGUUAAUCCAUCCACCUGACAGGUGUGGCAUAUCAAGAAGCUGAUAAAACAGCAUGAUUAUUACACAGGUGCACCUUGUGUUGGGGACAAUAAAAGGCCACUCUAAAAUGUUGCAUGGAUCUGUACACAAUUCCUGGACGCUGAAAAUGUCACAGUUCUUCCAUGGCCUGCGUACUCACCAGACAUGUCACCAAUUUAGCAUGUUUGGGAUGCUCUGGAUCGACGUGUAUGACGGCGUGUUCCAGUUCCCGCCAAUAUCCAGCAACUUCGCACAGCCAUUGAAGAGGAGUGGGACAACUUUCCACAGGCCACAAUCAACAGCCUGAUCAACUCUAUGCGAAAGAGAUGUCGCGCUGCAUGAGGCGAAUGGUGGUCACACAAGAUACUGACUGGUUUUCUGAUCCACUCCCCUUUUUUUGUUAAAGUGUCUGUGACCAACAGAUGCAUAUAAUAAUAAAUAUAAUAAUAUGCCAUUUAGCAGACGCUUUUAUCCAAAGCGACUUACAGUCAUGCGUGCAUACAUUCUUGUGUAUGGGUGGUCCCGGGGAUCGAACCCACUACCUUACAUUUGACAUUUUAGUCAUUUAGCAGACGCUCUUAUACAGAGCGACUUACAGUUAGUGCAUACAUUAUUUUAUCGAUCCCACAACCCUGGCGUUGCAAACGCCAUGCUCUACCAACUGAGCUACAUCCCCUGUAAACAUAAUAAUAAUAAUUUAAUGCGAAGGCAACAUUCUAUCCACCCACUCAUAGCAUAGAUGGCCUCCCACUUACCUCCCCUCCCCUACAGUCACAUUCUCAAGCUGAGGCGGCUUUCUUCUGAAGAAAUAUAACAGCAACAAGCUAAAUCAGACAUGGAAACCUUUUUAAAGAAGGAACAGUGAGUUUUUCUCUCCAAAAGCAUUUUGUAAUGCUCUGUUCUUAGCAUUACAAGAACGGACUGGCACAUCCCCAUAACGUCUUUUACUUUGACAUUCCUGACAAACGAUAGAUUAACACCUUGGCGUUACAAGCGCCGUGCUUUACCAGCUGAGCUACAGAGGACCACCAUAUCUCUAUUCCCAGUCAUGUGAAAUCCAUAGAUUAGGGCCUAAUUAAUGUUUUUCAAUUGACUGAUUUCCGUAUAUUAACUGUAAUUCAGUAAUAUCUUUGAAAUUGUUGCAUAUUGCGUUUUAUUUUUGUUCAGUGUAUAAUAAGGGUUGAUUUCAUUGAAUGAUUUGCUAUGAUCAGUGAUCUACAGUGUGGGGUUUUGUAUUUAAAUCAUUGUUGACGACUACUGCAAAUUAAUAGGCUAGAAUAUAUCUGAAGUAUUGUUUGGAGACAGUUUCUGAAGUCCAUUUUGAGAGCAUUUCAUGAGCUCUUGGCGUUUUUGCCUCCCAAGUCCUUGUUAUUGUCCUACCCUUCUGCGCGGUAAAAGCUAACUGUGAUGUGUUAUUUGUGUCCAUCCAGUGGAUGACGUUGGUGAGAAGCUGGACAUAGGAGACACUCCUCUAGAGAUAACUACUGAGGUGCAGGACGACUGCUCCAACAAGGAGGGGUCAGAGGUCAUUAAGGUCUAUAUUUUCAAAGCAGAGGCCGAUGACGAUGUGGAGAUAGGUGAGUGGUACUUCUGUCACGUUCAAAACAACUGGGAACGCGGAAAAAACCCAGCUCCGACUGGGGAAAAAUCGGUUUGAACGGUCAUCCAACUUGGAAUCUCAACUCGGAAACUCUGGCAUCUUUCUAGAGCUACGACUUUCCGACCUGAAGAUCACCGACGUUAUGAUUUGACCUUGGUUAUUUCAGAGUUCCCAGUUGUCUUGAAAGCAUCAUUCUUUCAUGAACGAGGCCGACAUUUCAAGAGCCACGUCAAUUGAAACGUGAAGCAGUAUUUGCAUAUUGUGAAUGACAUUGAACUAUUAUCUUCUAGCGUGAAGUAUCAGCUACAUACAGUGGGGAGAACAAGUAUUUGAUACACUGCCGAUUUUGCAGGUUUUCCUACUUACAAAGCAUGUAGACGUCUGUAAUUUUUAUCAUAGGUACACUUCAACUGUGAGCGACGGAAUCUAAAACAAAAAUCCAGAAAAUCACAUUGUAUGAUUUUUAAGUAAUUAAUUUGCAUUUUAUUGCAUGACAUAAGUAUUUGAUACAUCAGAAAAGCAGAACUUAAUAUUUGGUACAGAAACCUUUGUUUGCAAUUACAGAGAUCAUACGUUUCCUGUAGGUCUUGACCAGGUUUGCACACACUGCAGCAGGGAUUUUGGCCCACUCCUCCAUACAGACCUUCUCCAGAUCCUUCAGGUUUCGGGGCUGUCGCUGGGCAAUACAGACUUUCAGCUCCCUCUAAAGAUUUUCUAUUGGGUUCAGGUCUGGAGACUGGCUAGGCCACUCCAGGACCUUGAGAUGCUUCUUACGGAGCCACUCCUUAGUUGCCCUGGCUGUUUGUUUCGGGUCGUUGUCAUGCUGGAAGACCCAGCCACGACCCAUCAUCAAUGCUCUUACUGAGGGAAGGAGGUUGUUGGCCAAGAUCUCGCGAUACAUGGUCCCAUCCAUCCUCCACUCAAUACUUUGCAGUCGUCCUGUCCCCUUUGCAGAAAAGCAUCCCCAAAGAAUGAUGUUUCCACCUCCAUGCUUCACGGUUGGGAUGGUGUUCUUGGGGUUGUACUCAUCCUUCUUCUUCCUCCAAACACGGCGAGUGGAGUUUAGACCAAAAAGCUCUAUUUUUGUCUCAUCAGACCACAUGACCUUCUCCCAUUCCUCCUCUGGAUCAUCCAGAUGGUCAUUGGCAAACUUCAGACGGGCCUGGACAUGCGCUGGCUUGAGCAGGGGGACCUUGCGUGCGCUGCAAGAUUUUAAUCCUUGACGGCGUAGUGUGUUACUAAUGGCUUUCUUUGAGACUGUGGUCGCAGCUCUCUUCAGGUCAUUGACCAGGUCCUGCCGUGUAGUUCUGGGCUGAUCCCUCACCUUCCUCAUGAUCAUUGAUGCCCCACGACGUGAGAUCUUGCAUGGAGCCCCAGACCAAGGGUGAUUGACCGUCAUCUUGAACUUCUUCCAUUUUCUAAUAAUUGCGCCAACAGUUGUUGCCUUCUCACCAAGCUGCUUGCCUAUUGUCCUGUAGCCCAUCCCAGCCAUGUGCAGGUCUACAAUUUUAUCCCUGAUGUCCUUACACAGCUCUCUGGUCUUGGCCAUUGUGGAGAGGUUGGAGUCUGUUUGAUUGAGUGUGUGGACAGGUGUCUUUUAUACAGGUAACGAGUUCAAACAGGUGCAGUUAAUCCAGUAAUGAGUGGAGAACAGUAGGGCUUCUUAAAGAAAAACUAACAGGUCUGUGAGAGCCGGAAUUCUUACUGGUUGGUAGGUGAUCAAAUACUUAUGUCAUGUAAUAAAAUGCAAAUUAAUUACUUAAAAAUCAUACAAUGUGUUUUUCUGGAUUUUUGUUUUAGAUUCCGUCUCUCACAGUUGAAGUGUACCUAUGAUAAAAAUUACAGACCUCUACAUGCUUUGUAAGUAGGAAAACCUGCAAAAUCUGCAGUGUAUCAAAUACUUGUUCUCCCCACUGUAUAUGAAAAUUAUACUUUAGAUGGUAAGUUUUCCCUAGAGGAGUAGCGAGAUGGCAUAAACUGUGUGUGACUAGCUAGGUUUCCAUCCAAUUGGCGACAGAUUUUCAUGCGAGUAUUCAAAAAUCUGCAUAAAGAAAAUAUGCGCAUUUUGCCACCAGUGGUGUUUUCAACAAACGGACUUGUUGCUGAUAAAAAUCAGUGCGUGAUGAUGUAUUGCAAUCAAUGUACUUUUUCGCUUAAGUUUUCAUGUACUGAAUAAAAAUCUAAAGUUCAAUGUGUUUCCAUUGCAUUUGCAACUCUACCGAUAGUUUUUUCUCAAACUGUUGCGUUAAAUAGCAGAUGUGCCUACUCGGGUCUUGGCACAACAGCUGACAGAUAUAGUGCGGGUAGCCUAGUCUACAUGAGAUUAUUAUGGAUGAUAGCCAGAAUAUUUUUUAUUUGUCGAACGGCAGUCAAGCAUUGAUCAUCAUGUCACCAGAACAAGACCUUCAGUAUUUAUUAGAAAGGAGCAUCAAGAUCACCGUGAACUUUCACCACCCUGUGAAGUUCAUCAUAACUAUUUCAUCUGUAGCCUAAUAAACUAUGCUUUCCCGAGUCAUAGUGAGAGGACUACACACCAUAUCAUCACGUGACUCCAAGUUUACUUCGAUAUGAUGGUUAUUAUAUCAAUAUUUGCGCAUAGAGGUGUUUCCACCGCCAUUUCUCGCAUAAUUAAUUUUACAGACACAAAAAGAUCCCACCAUGUCGAAUGAACAAAUUUAUCUGUCACCAUUUAUAAAAUUGUACCAAAGCUUCCUGUUUCCAUCACAGCUGUUGUGAUUUUUUUUUUAAAUACGGUAUUACUUUUUACUCGCAUAAAAACUGUGGAUGGAAGCGUGGUUACUGUCUGUGUCUGUAGGUGGGACAGAGGUGGAGUCUGAGAGUGACUUCCAUAACGGCCACCAUGUUGUGCGGGAGUCUGGGGGAGGAGGCAGGCAUGGCCGGGGGGAGAAGAUGCUCUACAUGGCUGUGAAGGACCACUCCCAGUCAGAGGACGAGAUCAGUGAGUAUACACUCUUCUUUAAAGAAAUAACUCCUCUCACAUGACUGCAUCUGUGAAGGCUUCUUAGUGGAACCCUUCAUUUCAGUCAUGUGAUCAAACACGUGAUCAAACACGACUCCAACAAAGGUUCCAACAAAUAGCUUUCACAGGUGCAGCUCAAAAGGAUUUGAACAGGGCUUGGGGCAAAUGAAGAAAGUGUUUGUUCCUGUCCUGUAACUGACUGUCUGUGUCUGUGUCUCUCUGUUUUCCAGACCUGGCCGACAUGGCUGAGCAGGUGUAGGUGAUUGGUGGUGAGGAGGAGGGUUAGGGUUGUUACUGAAUCUGUCUGUCUCUGUGUGUUUCCAGACAUGGCAGAGCAGGUGUACAUGGAGGUGAUUGUAGGAGAGGAGGAGGCCUCUGCAGUCCAGGAGAACCAGAUAGAUGACUCUCCGAACAGCAAGAUGUUUGUCCCAAUCUCCUGGGCUGCAGCCUAUGGUAAGGAAUAAGGAUCGUGUGAUCAACUGGUUUUAUAUUCAGUAAUAGCAGUAUUCCUUCAGCUGGAUAUAAGACACACGACUAUGGGCUCUAUUUUAACAAACCUAACGUAAUGGGAAAUCCAAGCGCUGGCGGUAGCGCUAUCGGUUCAAAUGAUCGUCACAGUGCUGGCGUUGCCGCGAAAGGCUGGGUUUUGAUAAAUAAACAAAUUGUGGGUGUGUUAAGGCUUGGCCCCUCACUGGCCAAUCAUAACGUGCUCCAUGGCUAACUAAAUAUGUGGUUGCUUCAAGUUGUGUAUUUACGGUCUUUUAUGUAUUGCCUUGGAAUCAACUCCAAUUCCAAUGUUAGUCCGUUAUAGUUUGUUAAACAUCUUACAGAAACAAAAUAACUUGAACCUGUUUGCAGUCCACAUUGUUCUACACUGAACAAAAAUAUAAACGCAACAUGUGAAGUGUUGGUCCCAUGUUUCAUGAGCUGAAAUAAAAGAUCCCAGAAAUCUUCCAUACUCACAAAAAGCUUAUUUCUCUCAAAUUUUGUGCACAAAUGUGUUUACAUCCCUGUUAGUGAGCAUUUCUCCUUUGCCAAGAUAAUCCAUCCACCUGACAGGUGUGGCAUAUCAAGAAGCUGAUGAAACAGCAUGAUCAUUACACAGGUGCACCUUGUGCUGGGGACAAUGAAAAGCCACUCUAAAAUGUACAGUUUUGUCACACAGCACAAUGCCAGAGAUGUCUCAAGUUUUGAGGGCGCGUGCAAUUGGAAUGCUGACUGCAGGAAUGUCCAACAGAGCUGUUGCCAGAAAAUUGAAUGUUCAUUUCGUGUGGGCGAGCGGUUUGCCGAUGUCAGCGUUGUGAACAGAGUGCCCCAUGGUGGGGUUAUGGUAUGGGCAGGCGUAAGCUACGGCCAACGAACACCGCUACGGACAAGAGAUACCGUGACGAGAUCCUGAGGCCCAUUGUCGUGCCAUUCAUCCGCCGCUAUCACCUCAUGUUUCAGCAUGAUAAGGCACGGCCCCAUGUCGCAAGGAUCUGUACACAAUUCCUGGAAGCUGAAAAUAGCCCAGUUCUUCCAUGGCCUGAAUACUCACCAGACAUGUCACCCAUUGAGCAUGUUUGGGAUGCUCUGGAUUGAUGUUUACAACAACGUGUUCCAGUUCCCGCCAAUAUCCAGCAACUUUGCACAGCCAUUGAAGAGGAGUGGGACAAUAUUCCACAGGCCACAUUCAACAGCCUGAUCAACUCUAUGCGUAGGAGAUGUGUCGCUCUGCAUGAGGCAAAUGGUGGUCACACCAGAUACUGACUGGUUUUCUGAUCCUACCUUUUUUUUAAAGGUAUCUGUGAUCAACAGAUGCAUAUCUGUAUUGUCAGUCGUGUGAAAUCCCUAGAUUAAGGUCUAAUGAAUUUAUUUCAAUUGACUGAUUGCCUUAUGUGUUAAAAUCUUUGAAAUUGUUGCGUUUUAUAUUUUAUAUUGUUGCAUUCGGACUCCUCCCUUUUUCCAAAUGUUGUUACAUUACAGCCUUAUUCUAAAAUUGAUUACAUUUAAAUGUUUUCCUCAUCAAUCAACUCACAAUAACCCAUAAUGACAAAGCGAAAACAGGUUUUUAGAAAUUGUAGCAAAUUUAUUAAAAAUAAACAGAUACCUUCUUUACAUAAGUAUUCAGACCCUUUGCUAUGAGACUCAAAAUUGAGCUCAGGUGCAUCCUGUUUCCAUUGAUCAUCCUUGAGAUGUUUCUACAACUUGAUUGGAGUCCACCUUUGGUAAAUUCAAUUGAGUGGACAUGAUUUGGAAAGGCACACACCUGUCUAUAUAAGGUCCCACAGUUGAUAGUGCAUGUCAGAGCAAAAACCAAGCCAUGAGGUAGAAGGAAUUUUCCAAAGAUUUCUGAAACAGGAUUGUGUCGAGGCAAAGAUCUGGGAAGGGUACCAACACGUUUCUGCAGCAUUUAACGUCCCCAAGAACACAGUGGCCUCCAUCAUUCUUCAAUGGAAGAAGUUUGGAACCACCAAGACUCUUCCUAGAGCUGGCCACCCGGCCAAACUGAGCAAUAGGGGGAGAAGGGCCUUGGUCAGGGAGGUGACCAAGAACCCGAUGGUCACUCUGACAGAGCUCCAGAGUUCCUCUGUGGAGAUAGGAGAACCUUCCAAAAGGACAACCAUCUCUGCAGCACUCCACCAAUCAGGCCUUUAUGGUAGAGUGGCCAGACGGAAGCCACUCCUCAGUAAAAGGCACAUGACAGCCCGCUUGGAGUUUGCCAAAAGGUACCUAAAGGACUCUCAGACUAUGAGAAACAAUAUUCACUGGUCUGAUGAAACCAAGAUUGAACUCUUUGGCCUGAAUCCAGAGCGCUCAUGACCUCAGACUGGGGCGAAGGUUCACCUUCCAACAGGACAAUGACCCUAAGCACACAGCCAAGACAACAAGUCUCUGAAUGUCCUUGAGUGGCCCAGCCAGAGCCCAGACUUGAACCCAAUCGAACAUCUCUGGAGAGACCUGAAAAUAGUUGUGCAGCGACGCUCCCCAUCCAACCUGACAGAGCUUGAGAGGAUCUGCAGAGAAGAAUGGGAGAAACUCUCCAAAUACAGGUGUGCCAAGCUUGUAGCGUCAUACCCAAGAAGACUCAAGUCUGUAAUCGCUGCCAAAGGUGCUUCAACAAAGUACAGAGUAAAGAGUCUGAAUACUUAUGUAAAUGUAAUAUUUUCUUGCUUUGUCAUUAUGGGGUAUUGUGUGUAGAUUGGGAAAAAAAACAAUUGAAUCCAUUUUAGAAUAAGGCUGUAACGUAACAAAAUGUGGAAAAAGUCAAGGGGUCUGAGUACUUUCAGAAAUCAGUUUCUCCCCUCUGCUGUUUUAUAUGUAGAUAAGUCUGUUCUCCCCUCUGCUGUUUAUAUGUAGAUAACAGUCUGUAUACAGUGAAGAAUACAGGGACCAGGCCAUACCUUCAGAUCAGAGACAGCCAGGGUACCAGCAGAGCCCUCAAACAGAAGAUCAAGAAGAAGGGAGAUGCACGGCAGUGCCAGACAGGUACAGAAAGACAGACAUUACAUCAUCCCUUCGGCUGACAUCAGCCCAAAGAACAUACAGCUAGUCUCCUCAAUAUAUCACAUGAUCAGAGGGGUGAAAACAUGGCGGAAAUUAUCUGUUGCUUUUUUUUGUUGUUGCUUGAACUUCAGCUUGUUGUUAGACCUUGUAGUGAGUUUUGAUCUACUCCUCGGUAACAUACAGUAUCUCUCUGCUCUCUGUCUCAUCCCAGCUGUGAUCAUCGGUCCAGACGGCAUGCCGCUGACCGUCUACCCCUGUCACAUCUGUGGUAAAAAGUUCAGGUCACAAGGCUUCCUCAAGUGCCACAUGAAGAACCAUCCUGACCACCACCUCAAGAAGAAGUACCAGUGUACCGACUGUAACUUCACCACCAAUAAGAAGGUCUCUGUCGCCUUUCAUAUCUCUGAUGUUCCCGUCAUUUGACUUUUUCUGUUAUUACUCUCCUCUUUGUUUCUCCCGCUCCUCUCCAUUUCAUUCUUUCUAUUCGUUUAUGUUAUUUAAGCAAUAAUGCCUGAGAACCCGGGAAUGACUUCGGAGAAGGUCUGUUCUGAGGCCCAAGGCAGCCCUUGGAGGGACUUGUACCACUAUAAUUCCCGGGUUCGAGGUCGUUAUUGCUUUUAUGAAACGGUUGCCAACAUAUUUAUAAAAAUAUUAAUUAAAUUGUAUAAUUAAAAACGUUAUUUUAAUGAGUACAUUUGUUUCUGCAUUCUGAAGUUGCUACACAAUCAGGCUGGUCAUUAGUUAUUUUCUCAUGUUUUGACGCAGUCGUUCAUUCUAUUCAUUUGACUUUGCUAUGCUAAACAAAUCAUUGGUAUGUAGCGAGCUAGCAGAGAUUAAAUGAUGAUGAGAGACAAGAACUUCAAUAAAUAAUAAUUUAAUAAAUACCCAAUAGGCCUACAUAGGUCACACUACGCUGGUUAAUGAAUGAAUGGAAUUCUGAGUGUUUACUGUUUCCAUGGUGAAUAAUUUGUUUCACGUUCAUUCUUGGCCUAGCUAGCCUAUUGGCACGGAGAGAUCGCAUUUGUAAAAUGAUACAUUGUUGCACAGGUCGUCGAGGCAGACAGGUAGGUUUAUACAACCCCCAACUGAAGCAAACCAAAUGGUAGCAUGGAAAGAAUUAUGUGUAGAUGCUUUUUUCCCUUGGGAGAUAACGUUUAUGAAUUUCCUGCCUGGACAGUGGAAUUAUUAGAUGAAUACGUCAUGGUAUUUUGCACACAUCAACCAAUCAGGAUCCAAACAACCUGUUUCAUAUAAUAUUACGUUGUUAUUGUUGUUGACAUUUGUUGUUGAAAUUGUUUCCCUCCCUACUGCUCCCUGUUAAGUGUGUUGCGCUUGUGACAUGUCUGUUUUGUUUUUGAAGGUCAACUUCCACAACCACCUGGAGUCCCACAAGCUACUGGUCCAUCGCAGUGACAGAGACAGAACCUCUUCCACAAAGUACCCAGAAUACAACGGGACCACCCCAGACUACCCAGAAUACAACAGGACCACCCCAGAGUACCCAGAAUACAACAGGACCAUCCCAGAGUACACAGAGUACACCCGGCGUUACCACGAAGACAGCCAGCUAGGGUCUAACAAGCUGAUCCUGAGAGACAAGGAGUCCAAACUGCACCACUGUAAGUACUGUGACUAUGAGACUGCGGAGCAGGGGCUCCUCAACCGCCACCUACUGGCCGUUCACAGUAAGAACUUCGCCCACGUGUGCGUGGAGUGCGCUAAAGGCUUCCGUCACCCGUCAGAGCUGAAGAAGCACAUGCGGACCCACACGGGUGAGAAGCCGUACUGCUGCCCGCACUGUAACUUUUGCUGUGCAGACCAGUCCAACCUAAAGACUCACAUCAAGAGCAAGCACAGUGCUGACCUGCCUUUUAAGUGUGGCCACUGCCCCCAGGCCUACGCAGACGAGGGAGAGCUGCAGCGGCACACAGAGAUGGUGCAGGGCCACAAGACCCACCAGUGCCCCCACUGUGAACACAAGAGCACCAACUCCUCUGAUCUAAAACGCCACAUCAUAUCUGUUCACACUAAAGACUUCCCACACCAGUGUGACGUGUGUGAGAAGGGCUUCCACCGGCCCUCUGAGCUGAAGAAACACUCGGAGACGCACAAGGGCAACAAGGUGCACCAGUGCAGGCACUGUAACUUCACGACCUCUGACCCUUUCACCCUCAGCAGACACAUCCUGUCCGUUCACACCAAGGACCUCCCCUUUAAGUGUAAACGCUGCCGGCGAGGGUUCCGCCAGUCCACGGAGCUGAAGAAACACAUGAAGACUCACAGCGGGAGGAAGGUGUACCAGUGUCAGUACUGCGAGUACAACAGCCCGGACGCUUCGGGAUUCAAACGCCACGUGAUCUCGAUCCACACCAAGGAAUACCCCCACUGCUGUGGCUACUGUUCUAAAGGCUUCCGAAGGCCCUCGGAGAAGAGCCAGCACAUAGCCAGACAUCACAAAGACAUGCUGAUGGAACGAUGUUAA